AUGAAUAACUAGAAUUCUCAAAAUCAUAUUCUUUACUAUCCCAUACAAGCUAAUGGUAACGUCAGAUAACAGCCAAAUUAAUUUAAUCUCACUUAAAAUAGUGGAAAUCUUAUUCCCUUUACUCAGAUCAGUAAAGAAAAAGAUUAUACGUAUGCAAACUAGCCUCCUGUGCUGAAUUAACAGCACAUCCAGCUCUAGCCUCCACAAUUAAUGAUCAAUCAGUAGAAGAUACCUAACUAAAAUAUACCUAACACUCUUCAAAGUUUAGCGACUAAUUUUCCUAAUCAAAUAGUAAAAAAAUAACAAUAGUAGUUUAUGGAUUUGAAUUAUGCACAGCCAAGUAGAUCUAGUUUAACACCAGUUUAACAAGUUUAGUAAGCAACGACAGUAACUCCUCCGAAUCCAUUUGCAGGUACAUCUAUUAACAAUCCAACUACCUAGAUGACUCUAAACGCUGCUCAAACAUCUACAAUUCCCUAAAACCUUCAAAAAAAUUAACAAUAUCUACAAAAUAAUUUAUUAAAUGGUAAUAAUAAUAAAUAAGCAGUAAAUUAAAAUCAUAUUGUCUAAAAUAAUAACUCUAACAAUCUAUAAACAUAAGAUGUAUUGCAACCAGAAAUGACAUUGUAACUGAACACCACUUAAAAUUAAAUCAAAGGGACAACUUAAAAAAAACAGUAACAAAUAGCAUUUUAAGCUACCGACUAGACUAAGUAAAAUAAUCAAUUAUAAUAAAAAAACUCUUAGUACUAACAAAUCAGCUUAUAGCAAUAAUAAAGUUUGCCACAAUUCAUUUAAAUUCCUUCUACAUUAAAUUAACAAUAAAAUUAGCAAUAAAACCUUGCCUAGCAGUAGGUUUCUAUGCAUUAAAACAUACACAAUCCUUAGCCUAUAAUAAAAUCUCAAAAUUCAACCUAACCCUAAUAAAAUAUAAAUGAAUUUGAUAGUACACAUUAUAUAGUGCCCAAAGCAAAAUCUAGCAUAAUAAACAACUAAAAUAAUGCAAACAAUUUAGCAAAUAAUUACAUUGAUUUCAAUCAGUAAUAGAAAUAAAAAGAUUAGCAGAAGAUUGAUUAAUUGAGCAAUUUAUACCCUCAACAGCAGCUUUAGAAUUAACAGCUUUUAUAGUAAGAAAGAAUUGAAGAUAAGAAAAUUCAAUUAAUAAAAGAUAUUUAAUAAAUUCCGUAACAAAACUAGCUACAGUAAGUAAAUAUGAUAUAAAAUGAGGGAGAAGGAGAGAAUGCAUUUGGUGAAGCUGCUUAAGUAGAAAGAUUUAUUAAUAUUUAGAAAAAUAGCAAAGUGUUGAUAUUAAGUGAGAAAAUUAGAAUAAAAUAUGAGAACAAAGAUGUGAAUAAUAGCUUGUGUAGUGACUUUGAUAUUAACAGCUGGACUAAUGAAAUAGAUAAUAUAAUUAACUUAUAUGAAAUGACACUGACUGGACAUCUAAUUAAGGCUAUUGAAUUCAUGAACGGAGAAACUUCUCUCAGUUUCUUAAUCGAAAUAACCAAGCCAUUUUUAAAGAAUUAAUUAAGAAAGAAAUCAGGAAAACCAUUUGGAGAUGGAGAUGAAAACCGUAUCAUAAAAGGAGGAUUAGCAGAAUAUUGUUUUUAAAAGAAGGACUAAAAUUAAGAUAUAUGGACAUUGAAUUAAGAAAAGCUACCAUCCAUUAUCAAUGACACAAACGAAAAACUAAAGAAAUACAUAGACAACUUGAAAAAGAGCAAAGGAAAAGGCUAAACUAGUGUUAUUUCAUAAGGGAAUGAUAUAAAUUAGAGCUUUUAAUAGUAAGACCAUUAAAACUUAAAUGAUACUUUUUAAGGAUCAACCAAAGCAACAAAAAACGGAGAUAAGAAACAAAGAAGAAAAAACUAAGAGAAACUUAAAGAUAAAACUGCAGAAAAAUAGAAUGCAAUCUACAAUAAUUUAGGAAAAGAACAUAAUGAUAAUUAUGGAGAAAAUCAUUUAGAAGAGUAGAAUGAUUUAAUUAUGAAUGAGGGUUAUCAUGAAGAAAACGAUAGAAACUCAGAUAUUAUGCUUGGGGAUGAAGAAGAAAAAAAAGAAAAUCAUGGAAAUCAAAGUUUUAUUAAUGCAUAAAUAUAAAAUUAUCAAAAGUAAAACAAGAUAAAUUCUAUUAAAUAAGAGGAAACUAAUUUACUUAAUAAUUAAGGAUUUUAUUUAUCUUCUAACCCUUCUCUCAUCUAAAACUAAUAUUCUAAGAACAUUGACAUUAAGAUAGAAUCAUAGUAAGAUAGGAAAGUUAGCUAGUAAAUUGGUAUCAAGUAAAAUAGCUUUUCUAUUCCUGAGAAUAAUUCCAAAAAGAGGAUCUUUCAUAGUAAUGACGAAAAUUUUGAUGAAGGAAUUUAAAAUAACGGAGCAUCCUCAAAAACAGCUUUGUAUAGGCAACAUUAAGGCACUUAACAGAAUAAUAAUCUAUUUAAUGAUUAAAAUGAAUUAAAUUAAGGGUUUAAUAGCAAUUAAGUUGCUAAUUUAAAUGGAAAUUAAAAUUCCUUUUAGAAUAAAGGAUUCGUAUUGAGUAAUAAAGUUGAAUAGCAAAACGAAGAUAUUCAACACAAAAUAGAAUUAACUCAAAGACAAAUUAAUUGCAAAAAAUUAACAGAGUAAUAAAUAAAGGAAUACAAAAAGAAAUAUAAAAUUGGAUAAUUCCUUAUAAACGAACAACUAAAUUAGGAGCUAGAAAAGAAAGAAAACCAAGACAUUACUAAAUCUAUUAAUUAAAUAGAUCAAUUAAAAAUUGUAGGAAUGGCAUUGUGCUAUGGAGUAUUUAAAGAUCAAAUAACAAAAAUGGUUAAUGUUAUCAAAGAAAAUCAAGAUGCUGAAGUGAGAAAAAUGAACCAACGUUCAAAAGAAAUGAAAUAAAUGCUUCAAUAACUUUAAUUACUGUGA